AUGCAAGGCCUAAAGCAGCAUCUUACUCUGUUUAGGAAGCUCACACUAAAGCUCCUAUGUGCUGCAAUCUGCUUUGGCUUAUCGGGCGCUGCCCGGGGUCUUGAUUCUGGGCUUAUCGCCAGCACUGUUGCGGAACGGUCGUUCGUUGACCAAUUUCAUCUAGAGGCCAAUUAUCUCAGUGCGUCCCAGAAAGCCAAUCGCUUGUCGAAUAUCACCUCUAUGGUCCACAUAGGCAGUCUACCGGGGGCUAUAGUCGCAUUCUUGUGCAGCGAGCGCAUCGGAAUCCUUUGGACCUUCCGUCAAUGUUGCUUGAUGUGGAUCAUUGGUUCUGUGGUGUUUAUCACAUCCCGUGACCUUGGGCAGGUAUAUGCCGGUCGCUUUAUAAUGGGUCUUGGUAUUGGACAGUUUGGUGUGAUGGCCCCGAUCUACCUCGGGGAGGUGGCACCCAGGGAAAUUCGCGGGAUGCUUGUGGGUUUAUACGGCAUGUCAGAAUAUCUAGGAAUUAUGAUCGGGUACUUCUCAAUAUGGGGAGCGUCCAUUCACAUCCCCAACUCGAGUGCCAAACAGUGGGUCAUCCCACAAAGCGUUCAGAUUAUGUGGGCAGGCCUGCUGCUGAUCGCUUCCAUGUUUUGUGAGGAGAGUCCUCGCUUUCUAUGUCGAAAGGACCGUCCUCAGGCAGCACUCCAGUCUCUUGCACGACUAUGGAAUGUGUCCCCACUGGAUCCGGGGAUUCAUGUGGAGGUCUCGAAUGUCAAAAUUCAGCUCAAACUUGAGCGCGAGGUGGCAUCACGAUCAGGCCUUAUUGGAGUGCUGAAAGAGCUGUUUGGAACAAAGUCCCACUUGAAACGGAUCGCUUUCGUGUUUGUCCUGCAGUGUUUGGGCGAGUGGUCCGGUCCAAACUCAGUGACUACAUAUGCCCCCGAGUUAUUCGGACUCUUCGGUAUCCAAGGACAGUCGCAAAAGCUUUUCACAACGGCGGUUUUUGGUGCUGUCAAGUUUGUAUUUGCGCUGAUUUCGGCAGUCUUCUUUAUAGAUUAUUUGGGCAGGAGAAAGACAUUAUAUAUCGGUCUCGUGCUCCAAGUUAUCGCCCUGACCUAUGAUUCGAUCUUUCUCACAAUAUUUAGCUCUCUAUCUGGCCAGUCGCAAGAUGACCCAGCAGUAAGGCAUGCGGCAAUCGGCGCGAUUGUGAUGAUUUACUUCAUCGGCAUUGGAUGGGCCUUGGGCUGGAAUUCAAUCCAGUAUUUGAUCACCGCUGAAUCCUUCCCCCUCGGGGUUCGGAUAGCAGGGGUCACUCUCGUUACACUGUGGCACUACGCCAACCGGAUCGGCAUUUCCAAAGCAACCACAUUGAUGCUGCUCGACCACGACUCUCUAACACCCAAGGGUACUUUCUGGUUUUUCACUGGGAUGUCCUUGCUGGGUCUCCUAUUCACAUGGUGUUUCCUGCCCGAAACUGCCGGUAAAGGGUUGGAAGAAACGAAUGAGCUGUAUACGGGGGAUCGGAGUGGCACAACCCCGCAUGACCAAAGAAAUGCUGAUUAG